GUCGAGGCGUGAUGGGGCGAAUGUUUUGAUCUGUCACACUUACUAUGGCUGAGUGAGAUAGAAGUCUGUUUUAAAUUGAGGACAGUCCACACACACCCUGGCUUACUUUGUGUAGGGGGUACAUGUCUGUUGAGUAUGGGGAACUGUCUGAAAUCACCGAAUACAGACGACAUAUCUUUAUUACGAGGAAGUGAUAGUCAAGAUGGCUCUGACCCAGGCCUUGGUCCCCCACCACCUUACCAGGAGAGUGUUCCAAUCUAUCAUCCGUCUCCCAACAUCAGUCGUCCAGCUAAUCAGUUAACAGAAGAGGAACAAAUAAAAAUAGCUCAGAGGCUUGGCUUAAUAAACCACCUUCCAACUGGGAUAUAUGAUGGAAGCAAUAAGAAAGCAAAAGAAUGUGUGAUAUGCAUGGGAGAUUUUCUACUGGGAGAUAUGUUGCGAUUUUUGCCAUGUAUGCACACAUAUCACAAAGAUUGUAUUGAUGACUGGUUAAUGCGGUCAUUUACAUGUCCUUCCUGUAUGGAGCCUGUAGAUGCUGCGCUUCUUACCACAUACGAGACAAGUUGAUUGACUGGUAGUUGUAGGAAUACUGAGCCAGAUGGUCGGUGCUAAGAUUAGCAAGCUUACCUACAACACAAUUUCUGUGGCUAACUCUGGCUUCUCCAAUCAGAAGUGUGUGAUGGUGUUAAGGAGACUGAAGUGCCAGCACUUGACCCAGUGGAAGAGUUGGGCACACAGUUGUACUGGAGAUCCCUCCUUCUGCCUGGGAGUCUGUAUAUAUAUGUCAUCAUACUGUACACAGUGCAUGUUUCUUAUCCACAUAUCCACUUAAAGUUAAGGUAACAGAUGUAAUCCUUGAUCUAAUUUAUAUUCAACAUGUUUUAGCUAUACAUCCACACAUGCUAAAGUGCAAGUAAACUCAUCAUAGAAACUUUUCAGAUUUUAAUACUUUAGGUCAUACUUAAUCACACAUGCUUGACCAAAGUUAUAUUUGUAAAACGGAAAUAGCAUAAAACAGAUGAUAAAAAAUGACAGGUGAAAUCAUCCCUCCAAUAUCUAGGGGGAUUCCCCUCACUGGGCUUAAAAACAGGUUCCUGGCAUAAGACAUAUUUAGAAAUGGUACACAUCCUGUUUUAGGAAUAAACAUUGUAUUGAUAUAUGGUAUUACCACAUAUACCAUAACUCAACAUAGAAAGUUCUCCUGGAUAAUGCGCAUUAAUAUAUAUUAUCCCACAAGGUCAAUGUUAAGCCAAUCGGACAGUUACAGUCAAUAUAGUUCGAGCUGAAACUUGUCUAAAAGUAAACAGUGGUGUAAUUUGACCGCCCAUUUGAUAUUCUGGGAGUAGGGAGCCUUGGAUUUAUCGAAAAAUAUAAAUUGUCCCCAAAAAUUCUUGAAAAAAAAUUUAUGCUUCAGACCAUUGAUAAAAGGAAAUUGCCUGCCACAAAACUUAUAUGUUGCAUGGUGUUUUUCUUUUUUUUAAAAAUCAGGCUCAUAGUUUGAAGUAAUAAAAAUCUGGUUUUGUAGCUGUAGCUGAAAAAAAUUCUCAUCUCGAUACAAAAUCCCAGUCCUCCUCCAGAAUAUCAAAUAGUUGGUCCCUAACUACCAUAGAGGCAAAGAGACAAUUGCCUAUAAGUUUUUAUGGUCAGUGAUCGCCUUUCGCUGCAAUCCAGGUCGGCCUGAUAGAAAAAAGGGAAGCUACUCUCUUCUAUGAGUUCGAGUCUGCCUAGCCUGUCAUUUCAUUAUGAAAUAAUGUCAGACAGCAACAAAAUAUAGCCAGAUACAAAUUUGUUUGUCCAAGUCCAACUGUUUCAAAUUCUGGAAAAGAACCCAUGCCAUAGAGGUCUGUCUACAAGCACUGAUUAUGGAAACUGUGUCUGCUAGCAUCCUCUCACACAUUGCUUCAGAGUUUGUUAUUUUUUCCAGUUACGCCCUUAGCAUCUUAACUGAUUACAAUUAUCCCAGUAAUUUGUCUGUAUUCCCAAAGGUCAAUUCUGACUCGAUCGCUAAUAGAAAAGGGAGGAGUAAUAUUUGUUUGUAAACACCGACUGUUUGUUUUUGCACAUUUAUUUGUAAAUGACCCAACGGAUCCUGUUUUAUCUGUUGGCUUUAUCCUGCUAAGGCACCUAAACAUUGCAUGAUAUAAUGAGUUAUUUAGCAGAAGUUAAAACUACUGUCAAUGUUUGGUAAUCCAUAAACCAAAUAUAUAGUCUCAUUAAUGCAAAUUUUGACUUCAUGAUUCGAAACCUUUACUAAUAAUGAAACUAAGAAGGUUAUUAUCUAUGAAUUUAUCAGCUUUUGUUGUUUAAUCCAACUUAUAGUAAACAUGUUAGUGAAACCAGUGAAUUGAAUAACUAACUUAAGGUCAGAAGUUAGUAUACUAAUAUACAAUAUGUGUAAUAUUUUCUUUUAACACUUAAAUUAAUGUCCUAACAGCUCUGCUGGAAAUGUGUCACUAGACUUGUUAAGAGGCUGGAUAUGGGUGGGCAGCUACUUUUAACUCGAAAUGAAAGAUGCUGGGAUUGUUUUCUCAACAGAACUGAGGGUCCAAAUGAGUUUAUGGCAUGAUGAAUUUUCUGUCAUCUGUCAUUUCAAUCUGUUUACUUUUUUCUUCUUCUCGAAACAGCCUGAACAAAUGAGCCAGCAGCUUUAGGGAUUCAUGCAGUACCAUUCAGGAUUUGUUAAUAAUUACCUUCUUAUUUUUUACAAAACUGAAAAAAAUACAAGAUUUCUUACAAAAUCUUUAGAAAUAGAAUCUUUUACAAAGAAAUCUUUAGGUCAAGGAAGCUGAUUAAUAUAAGAAGCAAGACAACUGGAUUUGCAUAUGCCAGUUAGUAAGAAACGAUCCUUUGUUCAAUUGUUUUGUAAGAUACUUGAAAGAGAAACCACAAGGUCCAGAAAGAUAAAUCAAACUUUUAAGGAUAAAAAAGUGAUGAAGCUGAAAGCAUAUAGAUGACAAUGAUUAUAAGUUUCUUAUAGCAUUGUUCAGCUUACCAUCAGUAGUUUAUUGGAAUAUGGAUAGAACUACUCCACACUGUUUGGAGUGCCUCCGUCGUCUAGUCUUCCAGGGAGAGCUGAAAGUCAGUGGUUCAAACCCUGCCCACGUCAUACCAAAAAGAUAAAUGAGAUAAGACAAGGCCUGGUCAUUUUGGAAGUCAGUAUACUAUGUCUGAGUGGGAUAUCCAUGUUAAACUGUGACCAUGGCAUAUCAAUGGGGAAACACUGUAAAACUGUACUCUGGACUAGUACAAACACAUGUACACACUUUGCUAUAGAAGUGCAAUAAUCUUCACACUGUUUGGAAUCAUAGGACUUUGCAGUAAUGCCAUUUUAACUUAUCUUCACUGUGCAACAUUGCCAACUUUUGCCAAGGACAGUGUACUCGUAUGAAGUGGAAUAUGUAUACAUAGCCCAAUGAAUGUGAUUAUGUCUGAACACCUACCUUUUUUUUCUUAUCACCUGCAAAUUUAGGACAUGUGACAGAAGAAUGAUGCUAAGGAGUGAAUAACAUAAAGUAAAAUCAGAUCUUAAUUUUCACUACCUCUAAACAAAGAUCUGAGGUCAUCCCAUAUGGAAGGAAGAGAAUUUAUGGAUGUGUCAACUUCUCUUUUAUCAGGAACAAAGUUUCAAAGUAUAUACAAACCUCUUUUCAGAUGAAUAAAUGCUAUGAAGCAGAGAACAUCUCUCAUUAGGAGUCUUGUUAGAACGACCUUUUGCAAACCUUGACCGACCAAUGAAAUGACUAGCAAGAAGUGGACAUUAGCCAAACAGAAAGCAGCUUUCUUAAUCUUUACCGCAUUAGUUUCAAACUGGCAACUUUUUUUCCAGACUACACUUUGAAAAACAUUUUUGAAAUAUUCUCUAUUCAAAAUUUGAAAACUGAACAAACUGAAAUUCUGGAAAAGGUCGUCGAGAUUGUAUGGCAGUACUUCCCACAUGCUAUGGAAAGUCUUUCGUUUCAAAUGUUUAUCCAACAGAACUGAGAGAUAAACAAUGAUUUGACUGAAUCAAUUGUACAGACAGUCACUGUCAUUUGGAAUAUCCCUUUUCGAGGUUGCUUGAUUAGAAAACAUAUUCCAACUGUCACUUCAUGAACUGGUAAGCAAAGCUUUGAUUGGUCAUGAAAUAAUAUCAAAUACAAGCUUUUUAAACAUAUUAACUUACCUUUGCAUUUGAUGUUUGAUAGUCAAAAUUAUGUAAAUCUUGUGAAGACAAAAUGGUAGGUCUCAGUCUUUAGAAUUCUGCUGUUAACUUCCUAAAAAAUACUUAACGUCUCAUUUCUGGCUGACUUGAACUAUACUGGCCAUUUUAAGCAGUCAUUUAAGUGAUGCUGCAAGAAGUUAUUCCCUCAGAUCUGUUACACCAAGAAUGCUAUUACACAGUCAUCUCAGUAACCAUAAUAGAUUUUAACAUGUCAACAUAAAAAUUUCACACUUUUUAUGAUAAACAAUACAAAAAUGUAUAAGCAGAUUCUUUUUAGAAGGCAUAUAGCUAUGAUAGUGGUUAUACCAUUUAAAUACUGAUGUAUGACAAGUGACGACCAUCUAAUGAUAUCAGUGGUAGGACUGUGAUUUCGAUCAGUAGCAUAUGGAAUUCUUUUAUUGUUACCGGUUCUUUGAAUUACACCAAGGGAUGUCAUAUUUGAUUUAUAUGAUGGAUAUUUUCAGCAAAAGCAUGAAAUUUGGUAUUGAAUUGUAAAGCAUUUGGGCCCUGAAGCAACCAACUGUGUUUGGAUGAGAGCAAAAGCACAUGUUUUCAAAUAGAAACAAUCAAGCAUGUGGUUGAAAUUGAAGGUCACUUAACCAGAAGUAACUGGAGGCAGGGUACGUUCUGUCUUGAAAUUAUCUUCCAUUAUAAAUGUGUUUUUUUCCCAAUCUGGAACUUGUUAUUAAACUGCUAGUGCAAGUAUAUUUUUUGUUAAUGUAGCUACAGGCAUAAAACUUUGUUUUGAAGUCACACUGCAUAUAUGGCAUGUCUAUUCUCCAAAGGGAAGUGAUGUCAUUAAAUCGGAAGUGCUUAUACCUUCCCAUGCUAGCACAGUGGGAUUUUUUUUUUAAAAAUUAAAAGAAUUUUUCUAUGGACAUAUUGGAUGUCCGGGAAAAAAUGUGUUUUGGGUGGGAAAAUGUAGUUCUUUUGCUUCUCUGGUACAUGUUGUAUGACAUUGGAGAAUGUUUUUUUUGUGGAGAAACUUGCAUUGUCAGAGCCCCUGGUGGUGUAAGAGGUGUGCACUGCCCACACCUGCUGUGGAAAUAUUAGGUUCUCGAAAUACUAGUCUCAUGGGACACACAUUUACACAUUAAUUUGUGUUAUAUGAUCACAAAUCAGUUGUGGGGCUACAAUCCAGCUAAUAUGAGGAUUGUUGCAGUGGGCCUAAUAGCAGCUGCUUGAAUUCAAGA